AUGACUACAAAAUUUCUAGGUUUGCUAGCGUUUGCAAACUCCAUGGUUUUGGCCGAGACGACUUGGAGCGAGAACCUGGUCCUUGCCGACUGCGGCAUUGGUCUAGGUGUGAAUGGUGGCUCUACAUCACGCGAGAUCAUGUACUACUCCGCCGCGGCAUGGGGCGCCCCAAAAUAUAUGAAUAGUGUUCCGUGGGACGGCUCCUACCCUUGGCGUAGUAAUGGUGUCUCUCAGACUCUUCCCAAUGGUGACAAAUGGACUGUGUCUAUCAACAACGGUGUUGGAGAUCCAAAUUUCGCCGGAUGGGCCUUUCACACUUACGACUCCGUUGCUCUGACAUGCUGGAGUCGGCAUCUCGACGGCCUCUUCACAUUAGCUGACGGAAAAAAGUGCAGUAUGGCAUAUAUCUGCAACCAUCAACCAUCUCCUGCUCCGGCUCCAGUUCCGGCGCCACCUCCACCCCCACCUCCACCCCCACCUCCACCCCCACCUCCACCUCCACCUCCACCUUCUGGCCCCUCUGGCCGAGGACGCGACACCUGGUGCCUUGAAAUAUCAACCCCUAUCACCCGCGAUGGACACCUGAAUACGGGUCUUGAGCUUUGCGGACGUGAUCAGGCUUGCCGCCACCAGGUGGACCUUGGCCACGAUGACUGCCGAAAGGUGGACCGCCUAAUCAAUAGCAACACAUACGUACGCGAGAAGUGUACAGAUGACGGGUGGUGCUUCUACUUAUACGCCUACUACUUUGAGAAGGACGAACCGGGCGACACAACCCCAAGGGAAGGGCACAAACACGAUUGGGAGCACGUGGCAGUCUGGACGCAGAACGGAGAAGCAAAGAUCCUUGGCUGGUCGGCUCACGGAAAGUAUGACGUGGAUUAUUCUAACAGAGUCGAAUGGGAGGGCAAUCAUCCUAAGUUCGUGAUACAUCGCGAUUGGGCUAAGAAGAAUGAGGCACCUGAGAAUAUCAAGGGGAGGUGGUCUCGCUCUCCGUUGGUCAGCAUGGAAAAGAUCGAGGGAGCGCUCAAGGAAAAACUCAUGAAUCAUGACUGGGUCCACGCUCAGUUUGAUCUGAAGGAUGGACGAUUCAAUCAGGCAUAUUGGUCAACUUGGGCAAACGCUCACCCUGAUCCAGUGCCACGACCAGAUCCCGGUCGACCACAUGAGUAG